AUGGUACUGCUCGAAUUUCAGCGUCUUUCUCGUGACCGUUCCGCUGACAGAGGUAAUUCUGUUAUUAAUUGCAAUCGUAUGGGUGGGUCUUAUCACGAUGUAACGUCCACUGAUCUCAGAGAGUGGUAUAUUCGGUUCUACUCUACUCAGUCAAUGCUCGAUCUGGUAUACAUGAAGGUGCUCAGACUUACACAGUCCUCGGGAGCUGGAGGAUUCCCGUUGCAAAUCGAGUUUCGAAAUGAGGAACCUGCUGAGCACAAGCAGGCAGCUCCUUCUUGGACCUCUGCACGUCCUGUCGCCGCGCAUGUUGGAGCGGCGCAAGUCCCGGUGACCUGCCUUGCGACAAGAGCUGGCAAGAACGAAAUCAGGCCUUGUACGCCUGCCAUCUUGGCAAAAUUGUAUGGGAUAGCGAGUGACAGGAUCGCAGCACCAUGGACUACUCUCAAGAAGGAUGAAGGCAGCACAGUGAUGCGCCCAUCGUUUGAGCAAUAUUGCUUUGUACCUGCCACUGUCGUUGGUGUUCAUCCUUUGCUAUGGGAGCGAAUGCGCAAUGAAAGCGGACGAGUACACUUCAGUCUGUGGUCUGAAGUCAGCAGACGGAAUAACACUUAUGGGGUUGCAGCUACACAAGUCUCGGAACACCCUGAAGUAGAAUCCGGGCGUUGCUAUGAACAAAGAGCUGACUCGUCAGCUGCUCAGACGAGCAGCCACACGGAUCGAGAUGCCAGCAUCAAUGAGCAGCGAGAUAGCGAUAUUAAGCAUGAGGCACUUUCACUAUUCUCCCAGACACUCGUGUCUGCUUCAGCGCCAGAAAGUAAUCCGCUCUUGCCGUAUUUGGCUACAGACCCAUCGCCAGUGAGAGCACCAGUAUCGCCGCUUGGAUGGAAGAAGCGUGAUCUUGGCAGAGCUGUACUCUGGGGCUUCGUGCGCUCGGAAGGGUUGAGGUCCGAUCAGGCUGCCUUCGCAGAACCCAGCUCGAAAUUGGCCAAGACCCAGCCACAAUCGACCGGAUACACUCCAGCUAGUGACGCCGCCCUAUUCGAUCUUGGUGCGAAAGUCAGGAGACAUCCAGCCGCAAAGGUUAGAGCAAAGGGCACGCUAACCACAACAGCACGAGACAACCGUGUGUUCAGAAGUAUGCCCACCACCAGGUCUGUGAUUAUUGACACUAGCCCGCUAGGAGCAGAGAGUAGUGCUGAGUUUGGCUUCAAAAAUCUGAAGCUGGCGAUGAUCUUACAGAUCAUGCCAGCAGUAUUCAAAAUGGUGAAAAUCCAGACUUGCGGGUCCAAAAUGGUCUCCCACGAAUUGCUUGGUCUUGAAAGUCGUGCUGCUCACACCUAUUUUGUUCACCUGCAGAGAACACAGGAAGUGUCAGCUUCAGAACGCAGAAUGACCUUCUCCGAUUCGGUCAGAAAUCGUGCUUCCAUAGGUGUAUCUGGCAAAAAUAUCCAGAGCACGAGGCCGAGGGCGGAGCUGAGCAGGCCAAGUAGGAGGCAACGAGCCUUCAGCCUGCUACCAUACGACAAGAGCGCCCCGACGACGAUUGUGGCUCCUAUAGAUACACCCUAUCAUCACAGGGUGACCAACAUCUCCUACCAUAAAGAUGAAUCUUACAGUAUUCCCGACUUCUGUCGCCGGGUCUUGGAGUUGAGAUAUCUCUUCGCUGAAGCUGGGCAGGAAUUCCGUGCGUGGUACGCCACGGCAGCUCGAAUCCAUUCGCGUCUGCUCACUAGAGUCUUCCGGCGCUUCUGUGACACCCAGAUGGAUUCCGUAUGGAUUAUGUUGAGACGAGGUCAGGAGUGGUGGCCCGUUGUCGGACUCUUCCAUGGCCCGAAGACGCCAAUUGAUGGCAGCGUGAUGGACAUGGUAUCGAAGCAGAGGCGUUGGUGGCAAGUUCGAGUGUCACGGGACCAUGCAAAUCCAUACAGCAAUGCAUCUUCAAAGAUCAAAACUUCCUAG